GAAUCAGUGGAUAGUGAAGCUCCGCAUGUCUUCGGACGAACCUUGCGAGGAGCCCUAUGGUAUCCAGUGGGAUCUGGCGGAGGAGAAUACCGCAUGUGAAGUCGCAAUUAAUGCCCUUCUUCGCGAGCGCACUACCAUUCCUGUCCCUGAGAUAUACGCAUAUGAGGCCGAGGACGAGUAUGGCGUACAUGCGCCUUUCAUGCUCAUGAAGGCAAUGAAGGGAAACACGGUUCCUGAUCUUACCGGAUCUCCGGAGGUUCCAGAGGAGCAUUUCGCGAACUUCGCUGAGAGGAUUGCAGAGAUCCAUGUGGAACUAUCCACCCUUCAAAUGCCUAAGAUCGGACCCAUCGCCGGCAAAGACUCAGACGGUACAUACGCCCAAUCUAUCCUCUGGUUCGGCGGCCCGUUCUCGACCGCAACAUCCUACUUCCACGCCUGGAGCUCUCAUCACACCUUUGCCCUACCCGAAGCCAAGAUUCGCGCCUGCGCGCCUCCAGAAUACGGCGAUGUGCUCGUAGAAUCGGCGAAACACUUCCCUGCCGCCAUCCAAGAACUUGCUCCCAAGAUCUCCGCUCGUGAUAGUGGCCCCUUCCCAAUACAUCACCCAGACUUCGGCACCUGGAACAUCCUCGUUGACGACAACUUCAAGGUUGUAGGCAUCAUUGAUUGGGAUGCCGCGUUUGCUGCGCCGUGGGAAGCGUUCGCGCAGUUUCCGUUGUUCAUCUCGAAUGCGCCCCGUCAAUUGGAACUUCCGUGGUUCUACGACGAUGAGGGGAACCCUACGGAUCCUGAUACUAUCGAGACGUAUGAAAAGAGGAAGCAGUACAUUGAGGCUGUGAAGCGGGCGGAGGGGAAGAUGGGACUGGUUGGGGAUGGGCAUGAGUACUUGCUUUCAAUGGCUCUUGAGGACACCCAGAGGCACGCUAUUGGAGCUGCUAUACACAGCUUCACUAAUGAGCAUAGGCCAUGCUUCUUCAUGAAGCUAGUAGAGGAGCUAGACUUGAAGUGAAGUGAAGUUUACAGAGCGGCCAAGAACGGCAAUGCAUUCUCCUUGAUUACCCUAAAGCGAACGAUAACGGCGGCUGAGCCCUAAUGUCCACUUCACACUCUCUUGCCUCACCGAACAAUCAACUAUGCCGCUUUUAUAGCUGCUCGGCCACGUUGCCCGAUUUCUCUGUCUCUGCUAUAAAACAAGCAGCAAAGAAUACUCUCAGAAGCUAGGCUCCAUCAAU